AUGUCACGACUUCAACACCUUUUUGCAGCAUAUUCAAAAUUUGGCGAUACGAGAUCUAAUGGAGAAACUAUAACAUUAACUCAAUCUGAUAAAUGGAUGAAACAAGCAAAAGUUAUUGGUAAAGAGAUAACAACAACAGACACUGGCAUUUGUUUUGGAAAAUUCAAAUCUCGAACUCUGACCUUCGAAAAUUACUUGAAGUUCAUAGAUGAUCUAGCACUGUCUAAAAAUGUUGAUUCCAAAGAAAUAAAAGCAAAAUUAAAACAUAGCGGUAUGCCUGGACUUGCAGCAGGUGCCACUAUCGUUGAAGUGACGAGUGCGUUGCAAAGACUAACAGACCCAUCAACUUACACUGGAACACAUGCCCAACGUUUCGAUAGAAGUGGCAAAGGUAAGGGCAAAGCAGGCCGCGAAGAUUCAACUAGCAACGACGGAUAUGUUCAGGGCUAUAAACAUAAAAAUACUUAUGAUAAAACUCACAAUAAAUAA